AAAGCGUGUGCGGGUCUCGACGUGCCGCGAAUCUUCGAACGCAAGCGCGUUAUGAUCUUCAGAAUUUGAAAAAGGGUUCGAGGGGCGCGCUCGCGCCUGCCGUCGUAAUUGCGAGCGCGACGUGCCUGUUCCGCCGGUGGCUUGUCAGGCACCCCAGACACAAUGGCCCUGGUGUCUGCUGAUUCCCGCAUCGCAGAACUUCUCACGGAGCUCCAUCAACUGAUCAAACAAACCCAGGAGGAGCGCUCUCGGAGUGAGCACAACUUAGUGAACAUCCAGAAGACCCAUGAGCGGAUGCAGACAGAGAACAAGAUCUCUCCCUAUUACCGGACAAAACUACGUGGGCUGUACACGACCGCCAAGGCUGACGCAGAGGCUGAGUGCAACAUCCUCCGGAAAGCUCUAGAUAAGAUAGCAGAAAUCAAGUCUCUGUUGGAAGAAAGGCGGAUUGCGGCCAAGAUCGCGGGCCUGUACAACGACUCGGAGCCCCCUCGGAAGACUAUGCGCCGGGGGGUGCUGAUGACCCUGCUGCAGCAGUCGGCCAUGACCCUGCCCCUGUGGAUCGGGAAGCCUGGUGACAAGCCCCCACCCCUCUGUGGAGCCAUUCCAGCCUCUGGGGACUACGUGGCCAAGCCCGGAGACAAGGUGGCCGCCCGGGUAAAGGCUGUGGAUGGGGAUGAGCAGUGGAUCCUGGCUGAGGUGGUCAGUUACAGCCAUGCCACCAACAAAUACGAGGUGGAUGACAUUGAUGAAGAAGGCAAAGAGAGACACACCCUGAGCCGACGGCGUAUCAUCCCGCUGCCCCAGUGGAAAGCCAACCCAGAGACGGACCCGGAGGCCUUGUUUCAGAAGGAGCAGCUUGUGCUGGCCCUGUACCCCCAGACCACCUGCUUCUACCGUGCCCUGAUCCACACGCCCCCACAGCGGCCCCAGGAUGACUAUUCAGUCCUGUUUGAAGACACCUCCUAUGCAGACGGUUACUCCCCUCCCCUCAAUGUGGCCCAGAGGUACGUGGUGGCUUGUAAGGAGCCCAAGAAGAAGUGAAGCGGGCCGGCAGAAUCCCAGUCUCCCACCACCCUCACAGAGGAAUGCAGCAGCAGAUUUCAUGGCAAAUAAAUAUUGU